AUGCAGCGAGAUGCCUUGGCCACGCGUCUGGCCCCGGACGCCUUGGCCAAUGCCCAGGCGCACGCCUUGGCGAAGGCUAGGCGCUGGUCUGCGGCGCUGAAAAUCGAACUCGGCAGCGGCAGCGCGGCCAAUGCGGUGAUGAGCAGCUGCGCCAAAUCGAGGCAGUGGACGGAGGCCAUGGCCAUCAUGGCUGAGCUCUCCGCGACGCGCGCCGCGAGUCGAAUCAGCUUCGGCUCGGCCAUCAGCUGCGCAGCCAAGGAGUCGCACUGGAGGCGGGCCUUGCACUUGUUCGAUGCGCUUCAGGAGAGGAACUUGCAGGCAAAUGUGGUGAUCUUCGGCGCCACCAUCGCUGCCUGCGAAGGGAAGUGGCGGCACGCAGUGGAGUUGUUGGCAGCCGUGCGACGAGACAACCUGGAAGCAAACGUGAUUGCCAGCGGUGCUGCUCUCAACGCUUGCGCCAAAGAUGCGCAGUGGCAGCAGAGUGUGCAGAUGCUGACCAGCAUCGCCAGAAGUCUACAAGCGAAUGUCCCGGUGUACACUGCAGCCAUUGGCUCCUGCAGGGACCAAUGGCAGGAGGCUCUGGCGCUGUUCCGGGAGAUGGGAACGCAGCGCCUGCAGCCCAACGCCAUGGCCUGCAGCACCGCGAUUCGUUGCUGCAAAGAGCGGUGGGCUGUGGCUUUGGAGCUCUUCUAUGAGAUGGCGCAGAAGGAGCUGCAAAGGGACUUGGUGGUUUACAACUCCGCCCUCGCUGCGCUUGAGCUCAGCAACCAGCUGGACACCGUUUUGGCCUUACUGCGCCACCUCCAAGCGCAAAGAAUCGCCGACAGCGCCAGCUACACAGCAGCCAUAGCGUGCUGUGGCGCACAGUGGGAGCAGGCGCUGCUGCUUGCUUCGACGUGCUUGCGCCCAACGACGUGGGUCUACAACGCCUGUCUCAGCUCCUGCGAGAAAGCGGCCCAGUGGCCGACCGCUCUGGCGCUGCUCAAAGAUUUGCAGGACCUGGCCUUGACUUUUGACGCCUUCACCUGCAGCUCGGUGGUCAGCUGCUGUGCCCGCGCGCGCCAAGCUGCCGUCGCCCUCCGCCUCUUCGCGGAGCUGCGGACGGCCGCAAACGCGGCAGCGUGCACGGCGGCGCUGGGCGCCUGUGAGGGCCAGCGUUGGCCCAUGGCGCUGCAGCUGCUCGAUGAAUUCAGGACCUCUCGGCAGCAGGGUGAUGUCGUCCUCUUCAACACAGUCAUUACCACAUGCUCCUCCUCUAGCCGCUGGACCGAGGCGCUGCAGAUCUUUGCAGACCUCCCCCGACAGCAGUUGAAACCUAGCCGGGUCACCUACGGUGCAGUAGCCAGGGCCCUGGAACGAGGCGGCCAGUGGCAGCGUGCCCUUGUCUUCCAGCAGAUCGCCCCUCGCGACGGUCUCGUGUGCGGCAGCGCUGCUAUAGCCGCGCCGGCGGCCUCGCUGGCGCCGCUGUUGGCAGAACUCCAAAGCACCGCGCUGGGCGCGAAGUCCAUCAAUGACCUGCUCACGCUGCCGGCUCCAAAACCGCCCGUACCGAAGGCGACAUGCCCUGAGCCUUUCGGCUCGGGCAUCGGUCGCCUCCAACGCGCCGUGGCACACGUCUCGGCAUCCGGGGCUGAGCGGCGCAUCAAGGCAGUGCCCAGGAUGCGAGAAGAGUUCCGAAUGGAACUGGAGAAAGCUCUUCAGCCGCUGCGAGAAAAGCUGAAGAAUUUGGAAGGCGGCGGCCACGACAUGCUGAGUUACGAGGAUUCGCACAACCCCCCGCAGAUGAAGAAGCUGGACGGGGAUGUCGUGUCUCCAGAGCCUGAAGAAGAUGCGGGUGACCAAACCACACAUGAAGAUGCUAUGGAGCCCGUGCCUUUCUUAGAAACCACCUGGAACCUGGUUCUGGUAUUGGGUCAUUCAGGCGUGGGUUGGAUUGAUGUGAUUGUUGCCUGGCUUCUGCUUGUUGCGAGUGCAGGCAUGCAAAUUACCUUCAGCUGGAUCCUUACCAGCGAGUCGUUUCUCGGGGAACCCUUCGACCAAGCCCAAGUCGAGACAGCCCUCAGUUGGCGACGAAGUGUGGCUCAUGAUCACACAUAUCUGGACUUCGCGAAGACAAGCUUAACGUCUCGUGUUUGCAACGGAGAUGGCUCGUUAAUCAUUUCCACCGAGCAAGCAGAUCUUAUUCAGCGUAUCAACAGUUUUCUGAACUUAGAAGAUGAUGAACUUGAAGCCACCGGAUUUCGUCCCGGCAUUCUGCUGGCAAUGCUUUGCAUCUUGCUGUGGUGCCUCUAUAUCUGCAAUGAGUUUCGUACCAUUUUCCUCUCCUUGGAGGCCGUGGCACAGAUCCCAAGAUCAGCACGGACCAAGUUUCAGGGGGCCCGGUUCGAAGUGAUUUCAUACGGACGGUUCUGGGCAUACUGUUUGCUUCGCCUACUUCGUGCCUGCAUUGCCGGGGUCCUGCUCUACGCGGGGGUCUUGUGGCUUGGGAGCACCACGUCCAUUACUGAUCUCAUCUUGAACGCGGUGGCCUUGGAGGCGAUUUUGGAUUUGGACACGACCAUCUUCUCAGCCUUGAUGCCCAAGAAACUACAGCUGAAAGUGGAGGACCUUGAGGCGAUUAAGGUGCAAUACAGUCGCCUCCGCAGCCAGAUGGAAUCUGUGUGCAUCCUCGUUCUGUUGGGCGCACUUCUGGCAUGGCCCUACUUUACAAUCGUAGGUCCCUUAGGAGACACAAUGGCGGCUGUGAAGCAUGCCCACUGUGGAGGCCAUCAGGACUUUGUGGUUGGGUUCAAUGAAGAUCAGAACAUGCCCUUUGGCUUCAAGUCGGUUCCAUUCAACCGCAGUGCUGAGCAAACGGUGGUAGAAUUGGCGAUCGGCGACUAUAUUUUCCAGGACGGCUUGGAGGCAAAGUACAUUGCUUUCCACACUGAUUCACAGCGUUUUGAGAGCUAUCGAACACAGACGAUGACGGCAGCAGCCUCUGAAAAGACCUGGUGUUCGGAUGUUGAUGUUUUUUUCCAACCUGACAACCCUUAUGCAUCGCAGGCUCCUUACUUCAGGCCGUUCUUCAGGGCAGCUAUGCUUGGGCUCGGCCUUCCCAGCAACAGUUCAUGUGCAGACGCACAGCACAGGUGUGAUGAUGAGGAUGCGCAGUUGCUUCGACUGGUUUGCGGACGAACAUGCUGCAUCAACUCAAGGAGCAAUCCUUGGUUCAAAGUUCCUGCGAAGGGCUGCUAUGUCGCAUGCCUUGAGGAAGCAGAUCGAUCCGGCGAAUGCACGAACCAGGUCGAUCUUCCUGCAUGGGAUCAGUUCUGGGAUCUUUAUCCCACUGUGCUUGAAACGACACUUGGACAAACUUUGGAUUCCACAGACAACUCCUCAGCUUUUGAUGUUUAUCAAAUUAUUGACGCCAUGAAAACGUAUGGCUGCGCUGCCUUAGCCAUGAACGGGAAUCAGAAUGAAGUGACGACGUACCGUCCAUGGUGCGGUGGCAACGAGGAGCUGUUUGCUCCUCUGGCGCGGUUGUGUCCUGAGACCUGUAAUUGUACCGAUCUGACAGUGUUAUCAGUUGUACCUGCAUGGUGUCCGUCAUCUUGCCAGUGUGUAGAUCGAACCAUCUCAGUCAUCGGCAUUGCUGCGAGCUGUGCAGAUGUCCUUGCAAUUGGCUGGUGCGGGUCUGACGAAUUCUCGAAGCUAUGCCCCAAAACUUGUGGAAGAUGCUGA